GAGUGUCAGUAGAUGAUCAGCAGAGGAAAGUGAAGCUGCUGUGAGCUGAUGUCCUGAAGGGCUUUUAAAGAGUCUCUGAGUUUGACAGGAACAUGAAGAUGUUUGUGGUGUUUGUGAUCCUCCUGCACGUUUCCCAGCAUGCCUCAGCUGUGGAGCUGCAUGAGGGGGACACGUUCAUCCUGCCCUGUCACGUCGACACUUUUAAUCUGACUAAAUCCACAGUGGUGUGGAGUCGCUCCGACCUCAGUCCUCCAACCGUCCACCAGCAUCAGCUUCAAGGAGACGAACUGAAAGAUCAAAACCAGCGUUACAGAGGCCGAACAUCCAUGAAGACUGACGCUCUGGAUACUGGAGACCUCAGCCUGAACCUAACCAACCUCCAACUGUCUGACAGCGCCACCUACACCUGCUCCGUCAGAGACUUUGGAGAUGAGCUGAGUCGGAGUGAUGUACAGCUGCAGGUCAAAGAACGGUUUCCAUCCUGGGCCAAAGCUCUCCUGAUUCUGCUGAUUUUUCUUUUGGUUUCUGGAAGUCUCAUAUGUUAUUUCCGUCAAUAUUAUAAAUCAGUUUAUAAGGUGGGGGUGAAUUCAGAGGUGGAGUCUGUCCAACUGAUCUGCAAAACCACAGUUUGCCUGCCUAAAGAUGCUAAAGUGGAGUGGAAGGAUGCAAACAACAGGAAGGUCCACAUGUAUGAGAAUGGCUCUGACCAGCCUGAAGAACAGGACGAUAAAUACAAGAACCGAACAAAGAUGAAGAGAAACUUGCUGGAACCUGGAGACUUCAGUCUGACCCUGAAACACCCCACAGACACAGAAACCUACACCUGCACCGUCCACAACAGGGAGGGAAACAUCCUGAUGAAGAAAGAAGUGAAUCUCACUGUCAGAGGCAAAAUUGGAGUGUUCCAGCAUGAGGUUGAGGGUGCUAACACCCUUACCUUCAAUAAGCCCUCUAUGGUCUCCGCCAUACCCUCCUCUGCCUCAGUCCCCCAAGUGGAGGUGGAGGAUGGGGUGGACUCUCUCCAGCUGCCCUUCAAUACCACAGGUCUGCUUGAAGAUGCUAUAGUGGUCUGGAAGGACGGGAAAUCCAGAAUGGUCCACAUGUAUCAGAAUGGCUCUGACCAGCUUAAAGAGCAGCACCAGUCUGACCCUGAAACAUCCCACGGACUGUGA